AUGCCAUCCCUCACCUCAUCCCUAUCCCUACCCCGCUCUGGAAGCCCCUGUCCAUUGCUUCUUAGGUGUGUUAUCUUCGCAAAGGCACUUGGGCACGUGUUUAAAACUUUAAUUGACGAAAAUUACAAUGAUUUCAGGAGCUGGCCGGUGGACUUUCGCUGAGAUGAGGUAAGCACCCAAAGCAACGGCCACCCGGCACUGAGUAGGGCUGAGGCUGCUGAGGGUGUAUUGUUGAUGCAGGCUACUCCACAAGGCAGCCCCAGUGGCUCCCAGACCCAUUUCCUGAACCAGAUUAGAGACCUGCCCCGGCAGCUGGCCAGUUACGCUCUGGCACACUCGUUAGGCCGCUGGCUCGUCUAUCCCAGGUCCAUGUUCAUCACUACCAAAGCGCUGCUGCCGAUGCUGCUCGAGGGCCAAGCUCUCCUACUGGACAAGUAUAAAGGCCAGCGGGCUAAGCUGAAGGCUUGUGACGGCAACGAAAUUGACACCAUGUUCCUGGACCGACGUCAGCAGCCUGGCAGCCGGGACCGCGGCCUGCACCUAGUCAUCUGCUGCGAGGGCAACGCAGGCUUCUAUGAGAUGGGCUGUCUUGCGGCGCCGCUGGAGGCUGGCUACUCGGUCCUGGGCUGGAACCACCCAGGUUUCGCUGGGAGCAGCGGUGAUCCCUCACCACAGAACGACGCCAAUGCCAUGGAUGUGGUAGUCAAAUACGCUUUGCACAGAUUGAACUUUCUACCUGAGCGAGUUGUGAUCUAUGACUGGUCCAUCGGCACUUUCACGGCUACGUGGGCCACCAUGACUUACCCACAGCUGGGCGCGCUGGUGCUAGACGCUCCCUUUGACGAUCUCAUGCCGCUGACCCUGCGAGUGCUACCUACAUUUUGCAAGGGAUUGGUAGAACGCACUGUGCGGGAGCAUUUUAACCUCAACGUGGCAGAGCAACUUUGCUGUUAUGCAGGGCCUGUGCUGCUCAUCCGCCGCACGCUGGAUGAAGUGGUCAACACUGAGGCUCUCUCCUCGGAGAACAACGACGAUCGCCCCCGCUCUAUCGACUUGGAGGGCAACCGAGGCAACUACCUGCUACUGAAGUUGUUAAAAUACCGCUACCCCAGAGUGAUGACGGAUGAAACUCUGGAGGCUGUGAAACACUGGCUGCAGGCGGCUAGCCCGGAGCAAGAGGCUGCCGUGUGCCAGAAAUAUUGUGUGGAUGGCAAAUGGUGUUUGACUAUAUUGCAGAACUAUAAGACUAAGAACAAUAAGUCCAGAAAGAAAUUAAGGUGGAAGAAUCAAAGCACCUCCCCAAAUCCCCACAGCCCAGACUUCCCCUGGAGGGUGGGUGAGGACCUGUCCUCUCUCCAACAAAAGAGACUUGCAAUAUUCCUGGCUCAGAAAUACAUGAAGAACGUUGAGGCCACUCACUGCUGCCCACUGGGUCCUGAGGACUUCCAGUUGCCAUGGAUAUUGUAGAGCUGGAUUGGGUCAGGGGAAAGGUGGAAGGGGAGAGGGAGCUGAAAUGGAGACCAGAAGGGACUGAGCUUUUCUCUCCACUACAACUGGCCUGCUCUAGGCUCCAGUCCUGUCCUGUCUCAU